AUCAAAUUUAUUCCAAUGAAUAAUAAAGAACUGUUACAAGAAUAUUCAGAAUCGAUAAGAAGUUUAAAAAAGGAAUGCGCAAAAGCUGGUAUAAGCGAUGAAGAGUUUAAAGAAAUGUAUUUUGAAAGUAUUAAAGACGUUGAUAAUUUAGUGAAUGAGAACCAAAGUUUUUUGAAGAAGUACAAAUUUAUUAUAACGUGCUUUUUUAUAGUUUUAUUUGUAGCAUAUAAUUUUAAGUCUAUAUACAGCUGUUUCCUAUGUAAUGUACAAGAAUAUAUUUACCCAGGAUAUAGGUUAUUAAGAAAAAUUUCUAUUCCUUUUUUGUCAUUAUUUCCUUCAUUGACUGAUUUAUAUCAAGAAACAUGUCUGAUACAAAAUCCUUUUUUCACCGUGGUGGAUAUGGACUGCUGGCCUUGCAGUUCAGUGAAUAAUAUUGGUGAAGUAUUCAAUCCCCAACCAGUUCAUAAACAACAGAUUGCACCUUUUAUUUAUAAGACAGACCAACCAGAAAUUGAUAUAAAUGCAUUAAAAACUUUGUAUAUUAAAAACAAAGAUGUAUUUGAUAGUGAAAAUUCUAAAGUUCUCACAAAUAAUAAGUACUAUCAAACUCCUAAAGACAUUUUUGAUUCAGAAAUAUUAAAAGAACAACUUUACAUUUGGAAACUAAAUCAUUUUAAUGCUGCAAGGACAUUACGUCAAAUCAUUGCAAGGCCCAAAAUAGUUCCUAAAUUUGGUCAAAGCACAGAAAGAUUUAUCAUAAUAGAUUCUAAACAUGAUACUUUUCACAUACCUGAUACAGAAUGCAAUUUCACUUUCCUGCUUGUUCUAAGUGGUACUAGAAUUAUUGACUUACAACCCGCUGAAGAAUGCAAAUAUCAAUGUAAAUCAUUUAAAAUGGAGUUAAAGAAAUCUUAUUUAUUGUGGUAUAAUUGGUGGUAUUGGAGGCCCACAGUUCCAGCAUCAAGAAGUAAUGAAACUUUCAUAGCUCAUGUCGGCUCAUAUUGUUAAAUAUAAUUAAUAAACACUGAUUUGGAAUGUA